AUGCAAACGUUCGAGAAGGAGGAGAAGAGCAAUGGGAGUAUUCAAUUUGUUUUGAAAGAAUCUAACAAAUAUGUUAGGGGGCAAUACGCAGUUCAGAUGUCUUAUUACAGAGGCAAGGUUUACUUGCAUCUGCAGGACAACAACAACGGGAAAAAGGCUUCGUUUCCUGAUGAUGUGUUUGAAGCUAUGAACAAUCCGUACUACACAAUCAAAAGAGCGGUGGAGGAAGUUAGGAAGACCAACGAAGGGCCACCUAGCCCGGAACUGCUCGUGGUUGCAACGCGUAAAAAGAGGAGGGUGGUGGACCUGGAGGGGGAGGAUGACUUUUAA